ACACACAGCUGGUUUGGCAUUUCUGGACGUGGUUUUCUAAAUGUCUUAACUUUAGUUUGUUAGCCAUGGACGAUCCAAUCUUUAAGCAAAAAUAUGAAAAGUAUAAGCUGCGGGUCAAGCUGUGGGAGAGGGAUUUCAAGAAGAAGCAUGGCCGUGUGCCCUCUAAGUACGACAUACGCGAGGCCGGCCAGGACAUACGCGACUCCUACAAGAUGUAUUACAAGCUGAAGACGUCGUUUCUGGAGGAGACCCUCAACGACGUGCUCAGCGAGGAUGGGUUCGAUGUGCUGGAAAUGUCACAGGCAAGCGAACUGGGAGUCAGCCUGCUGGACAACGACUUCAGCAUGCAGAACGCGCCCCAACUACCGAUGGACAUGUCCUCGAUUGUGGAUCAGCAAGCGGCGAGUGGAGGCUUCUCCAAUCUGGAGGAGUUGACCAACCCGCAGGCCCUAACGAAUCUCGUAAAUCGUGAUGAAAAUCAUGUAAUCAGAAAAUUCGAAGCUGUCGAAGAGCUGCCGAGCAAUCGAAAUGCCUGGGGCACAGAUGUCAGCAAGAAGCAGCCGCUAGAGGCGCCAUUGACGCCUUCGAUGCCUCACGCUGCUGGGCAGCCAAAGCAACGUGCGGCCAGCUUGAAGCCCAGCCUCAGUGCCAAACUAUUUCAGUCCACACGCGGCUUUGCCAAGCGCAAUCCCCGUAAGCCACUCUCCCGCAGUUCCUCCAAUGUGUGCGCCUCAGCCACAUCUGGCAGCCGGCCAGGGCACGACGAUCUAGCAGAGGAGCUGCCCGACUUUGAGACAAUUCUCAUACGCAAGGCGCAGGAGUACAAAGAGAAAGAGCUGGCCCUGGCUGCCAAUCCACAUCUAGCCACGGAUCAGCCCAAAGAUGCCAUCAAGACGCACGUGGAUGAAGGCUGGCUGCAGAGGAACACCAAGGAGAACACUCUCGAUGCAGAUAUGCACAGGACAGAUCAAGAGAGAGAGCCCAAUAACAAUGCCAAUCAUCUGCCGAAGAAAGUCAACUACGGCCUGGCGAACAUCGAUCUGAGCAUGCUGAGGCCAAGCACGAGUCUGGAGGAGCACCAGCUCCAGCCUCAGCAUCAGCCUGAAGUGCAGGCAGAGCAUAUGGCAGAGACUGAUGUGGUGGCGAAACCAUCUGUAGAGCAGGAAACGGACAGCGAUUCCGACUCUGUGGUGGCCGAAAGUGAUGAGGAGCCGGAUCCGCAGGAGUAUCGACAGUUGGCCAAGCGGCGAAAGGUUGCUCCAGAGGCAGAGGCAGAGCCAGUACACGUAGCAGCAGCGAGCGCCGAACCUAUGGAAGUGUCCGCACCGGAACCUGAACAUGAGUCCCUACUCAAAGAUUUCUCUGCGGAUGAGGAAGAGCAAGAUGCCACCUAUGAGCCGGAGGAAGGGAAAAAAGCCAAGGCAAAGCGUAAGCAAGCAGCUGGAAAAAGACAGGCUACCAAACCCACAGCAGAGAAGCAGCCAAAGGCAGAGAAGAAACCCAAAGCAGAAAAGAAGCCAAAGACAGAGAAGAAGCCGAAGGCGGAGAAGCAACCCAAGGCAGAGACCAAGAAGACCAAGUCAAAGAAGGCCCAUCCAGCUGCAGAGUCAGUGCCCGAACCAGAGGAGGAAGAGCAGAGCCAGCCCCUGGAUCCAGAAGAUCUCAAGUAUAUGCUCGCCCUGGAGGCGGGCGAAGUAACCUCUGUGCCACGCAUCAAUCCCCGGGAACUGGAACUGGUAGAUGUAACAGCCCAGCGCUACAUUAACACCUUUGCCACGCCCACAAUGGCUGGAGGCGGAGGAGGAGGAAACUUCCAAGUGAAUGAGAAGCGAGCUGCAGCCAGAAAGAAGCUGGAGGAGCGCGUGGCCUCGGGCAAACUGAACGAGAACUUUGUGACCAUCAACAUACAGAAGAAGAAAUUUGUGCGGGGCAAGAAAACGGUGAAUUUCACCAAGUACAAGAAGCAGCAGUGGCGCCACAAGAAGCACAUUGCGGCACUGAGUGGCCCGGACAUGGACAUGGGCGGCUGUGAUGGCGGAGUGCUGACCUGCUUUCAGUGCGGCGGUGUCGGGCACUUUGCCCAGCAGUGCAAGAUGAAGGGCGACAGUCUGCUGCCGCUAUCCGCGCAGCUGGCAGAGGAUCCCUCGCCGUUUCCCACGCUGGCCGAGGCCCAGGAAAUGGCCUCGCAGGGCGCCCUGGUGGCGCACAGUCGCAACAUUGAGCGCCUGCCCCAGGCGGCCAAUGCGGCCAUUUUGCAAAUAGAAGAGGAGGAGGAGGACGAGUCGGAUGAGAGUGAGGAGGAGAUGAGGAGCCACAGCGAUGGGGAGAAGGAGCCUUAUGCUGAGCCAGAUUGGUCCAGCGAUGAUCCGGAUAUUGACUUUGAGGCCUUGGAUGCUGCUGUGGAAGCUGCCCAGGCGGUGGCGGUGGCUCCCAGUUCACCCAUUAAGGCCUACGUGGGCCACAAGAUACCCGAAGAGUUCCUUAAACAGGCUGGCCUGGAUGCCGCCUCCACUUCGACGACCGGUGGCUCCAGUCGCAGCCAGCAUGGCGGAGUUCAGCCACUGUACGAUCUUCUGCCCGAUGGCAGUGUCCAGGAGGCAACACCCGAGGUCCUGGAAGCCCUACACAUGUUUGGCCACAGCAACUUUCGCAAAGGUCAGGAUCGUGCCAUUAUGCGCACACUCUCGGGACUGUCCUCGCUGGUCACUCUGAGCACUGGCAGUGGCAAGUCGCUGUGCUACCAGUUGCCCGCGUAUCUGUACAACCGGCAGAGGGGUGCCAUCACGCUGGUCAUCUCGCCGCUGGUGUCGCUGAUGGAGGAUCAGGUGACGGGGGUGCCGCACUUUCUGCGCGCCCACUGCCUGCACACCAACCAGACGCCCCAGCAGCGCAUCAAGGUGCAGGAGAUGAUUGCCAACGGGGAGAUUGACAUACUCCUUGUGUCGCCCGAGGCCGUGGUCUCGGGGGAGCGUGCCACAGGGUUCGGGGCCAUUCUGCGCAAGCUACCGCCCAUCGCCUUUGCGUGCAUCGACGAGGCACAUUGCGUGUCCCAGUGGAGCCAUAACUUCCGCCCUAGCUACCUGAUGAUCUGCAAGGUCCUAAAGAAGAAUCUGGGGGUGCAGACAGUGCUGGGACUCACCGCCACGGCCACGCUGCCCACCAGGGUGAGCAUCAUCAAUCAUUUGGGCAUCACGGAUGGGGAGCGGGGCAUCAUUAGUGACACCCCCCUGCCGGAUAAUCUGGUGCUGUCCGUGUCCAAGGAUGAGAACCGCGAUGCGGCACUGCUGCAGCUGCUCAACAGUGAGAGAUUCGAGUCUUGCCAGUCGAUCAUCAUCUACUGCACGCGUCGUGAUGAGUGUGAGAGGAUUGCCGGCUUCAUACGAACGUGCGUGCAGGAUCGCAGGAAGCCAGCAGCAGCCCAGGAACAGGGCAAGAAGCGCAAGCGUGUGAACUGGCAGGCCGAGCCGUACCAUGCCGGAAUGCCAGCCUCGCGGCGUCGCACCAUCCAGAAGGCGUUUAUGGGCAAUGAGCUGCGCAUUGUGGUGGCCACCAUUGCCUUUGGCAUGGGCAUCAAUAAGCCCGACAUUCGGGCCGUUAUCCACUACAAUAUGCCGCGCAAUUUUGAGAGCUAUGUGCAGGAGAUCGGACGCGCUGGACGCGAUGGCUUGCACGCGCACUGCCAUCUAUUUCUGGACGCGAGGGGCGGCGAUCAGGGCGAACUGCGGCGUCAUGUGUACGCCAAUUCCAUUGAUCGCCAUGUGAUAAGGAAGCUGCUGCAAAAGAUCUUUGUGCCCUGCAGCUGUGAGAAGCAAUUGCCGAAGGGAGCAGCACCACCGGCCCCGGCAGCUAUUGGGGCAGACGGAACACGGCACCACAUCUGUCCGGGGCAUGAGAUUGGCUUCUCUGUGGAGAAGACCGUUGAAACUCUGGACAUUCCCGCCGAGAAUAUAUCCACGCUGCUCUGCUACAUGGAACUCGAGCCGCGCUGGUGCAUAAAUGUCCUCAGCUCCGCGUAUAUCAUGGCCAAGGUGAUCUCCUACGGCGGCCCAAAGUAUUUAAAACAUGCAGCCAAAGAGUGUCCGCCACUGGCCAUGGCCAUUGCCCUGCAGAUCAAGGACAAGAGCUUCAAGGAUGACUCGAAUAUCAUCGAGUUCUCGGUGACGGACAUUGCCGCUGGCAUUGGUUGGAACAGCGGUGUGGUCAAGUACCAGCUGAAGGACCUGGAAUGGAUAAAGGUUGGUGGCUACCCAAAGCGUUCCCCCAUCACGGUCAGUUUCUACGAUUUGGGUUUCCGCAUUAAGGUGCCUGGAGACUUCACCGAAACGGAGAUCGAUAAUGCCCUGGACACGCUCUACACGCGCUCCGUAAAGCAGGAGAAGACCCAACUGAUUCAGCUGCAGUACGUAGCCCAUGGCCUGGCUGCCGUGGCCUACAGCUCGUGUGGCCACUGCUGCAGUGCGGACUUUCCGCAGGAUCGAUGCACACAGCUGAAGGCCAUUGUAAGGAACUACUUCCAGAACGACUAUCCGCAGAGCCUUGAACUGGAAAUUGAGCCCAGCAAUGUGCCGGAUGAGAGCAUCGUUGAUGAUGUUCAUUCGCUGAUCAAUAUGUAUCCCGACAACACGUUCACUGGACGGAACAUUGCCCGCAUAUUCCAUGGCAUCACCAGUCCAAACUACCCGGCCGUCAUGUGGGGACGUUGCAAGUUCUGGCGCGUCCACAUGAAAGUCGACUUCAAUCGCAUCCUCCAGUUGGCCAAUCAGGAGAUUAUCAAACGGCGGACUUGAGUCAAUGUUUUAAUAGCUGUAGCUAAGCGGCAUCUUUAAAUCUGUUCAAAUAAAAUAUUUUAAUAUGUAGAAAUACUUGU